GCCUGAAGGACACAAACAGGGAACAACAAGAGGUCUAGCUGGCAAAAGGGUGCUAAUUGGAAUGAAAAAAGGCUGAUUGCUGACAGUAAUCAAUAAAGUAGGAGAAAUACGUUUGUAAACGCAUGACUGUGUAUGGUAUGGGAAUACCCUGUGAAGUCAGCACUGCCUGUGAAUUUCAAUGUCCUUCUAAAGAGGAUUUCAGACAGGCUGCUCGGCUGCCUCGCGUCUGUGGAAUACAUUGAAGUGAAGAACUGCUAAGCUGGAAUGGAAAUCAGGCUCUGCCUUCCAGAACAUGCAGUCAGAUCAGCCCGUGACAUCUAACAUUGGGGAGAACGCCUGCCUAAAACUUACUCCCAUUUCAUUGCUCUGAGGACGCACCGGUCAAAAUGUCGGGCAUUAAACUGCAUGCUGUGCUUUGUGCGAAAUGGAUUUACAGGAACAGUACUUGAAGAGUCGAAUAAAUAAUUGUGACAGCAGGGAAUGGACCAAGUUUUCUGUUGGCAAGAGCAAGGUACCUGUGUGACACAGUAAAGUCAGAUCGAGUCACAAGCUUUCUAUCAUGCUUUUGAUGCCGUUAUGAGGAGAAAAAAAACAUUCUGGAGUUGCUUGAUUUCUUUCUCCUGGACAAUGGAUGGAGAGACUUUGCCUUCCACCCUGUUGCCUACACUGAAUGCUUCAUAUGGUUCCUCCAUCACACUGGAGCAGAAGACAACAUUUGCCUUUGUAGUCUUAUUGUUCAUCAUUUUAGGUGUCUUGAUUGUUAGAUGUUUCAGAAUUCUUUUAGAUCCUUACAGAAGUAUGCCAACUUCAACUUGGGCAGAUGGUGUUACUGGAUUGGAAAAAGGACAGUUUGACUAUGCACUGGCCUAAAAACAACACCUUAAAUGAGGAACGAAUGAUGGGUUCUAGGAGCAAUUUUCAGAUUUUCAAUCUGAAGGGAAGUAUCUCAAACAAAGAGUAUUGUGACACAACACAUAGGAAACCUAAAAUGGUAAUCAGAAUAUAAUCAAAAUAAAUCUAGCUAUUGACAGAACUAUUUUUAUAGUAAAAAAUAACCCAAGAAAGCCUUUCAAUACUGCAGGGAAGUCCCAUUCAAUAUUUCAAAUAUAUAUUUAUAAUCUAUAUUCAAAUGUGAUUAACCAACAAAAAAAAUCUUUCCAAAAACAGGAAAUAAUGUAAAUAAAUGUGUCUGUGGCCUACAUAGCUCGUCUCCAUUGAUGAAACCAGACUCUUGGGUUAUAGUUCCAUAUGAGAUGCUUGGAAUGAGCAAAGGUCACAAGUUAGAUCUAAUAUAGCACAAAGGGUGAUGUGGUUGAUAGAUGUUCUAUUGUCAAACACAUCAGGCUGAACAAGAAUCCAAAAUCUGCCAAAACAGCCAAACAAUAGUAUUAAGGAUAUUCUGUGAGGGCCUUGGUUUCUCUUUGAGAGAUUUGCCUUUUCCUAUCUUUUUGAAAAUAUGGUGACAGAAGAAGACAAGAACAGUGUUGUAGAUGACUGAAAUGGAGGAUCCGGUAUCUCUACUGUGUACUGCAGUCAUCUGCAGCUCUAAUUAGUUUACAAAUUAAGCAACAACUAGUAGCUUUUUCUCAGCCAGUUUUUGAAGCCUUAUCCAUUAGCAGUUGUCUCCACAGCUUCAAUACUCAAAGACACUUCAAAUGACUGAUUUGAGUGUUGUCAUUGAAAAUUAAGCUUUCUAAAUGUAGCUAAUAUAACCAAAGUGCCACACAAUGUUUGAUAAAGACAAGUUAAUAGAUUACUUUUUUGUAAUGUAUGUAUUUGUUUUGCUUGUAAAGAGACUUGGGUAUAAUCACUUCAUUAACUCCCUUUGCUCUAACCUUAUUGAUCAGCUUUAGGCAGGUUUAGCACUCUUUCCUUUACUGAGAAAGCCUUAACAAAGGUCUCAAAAGACCUGAUCUCUGCAAAUAUUCAAGGAAUUUUUUCUCAUUUACGUUGCCAUCUCUGCUGCGAUUCACUCUUUGGCAUACCUUGUUCCAUAGGCAUUCAUGAUAUUGCUCUUUCUUGAUCUACAUGGUAACUCUCUAACCAUUCUCAAUGGAUUGUAUCCUCUGGUAACUCAUCACCCUUUUUUGUGUUCCACAAAAACCUUGAUCUUCUACGAAUCUCCUAUCUUUGUAGAUAUAUAACAUAAUUUGGUUUACAAUUCAUGUCUUCAGUGCUGAUCUUUCAUCAUUUCUUGUAUCUAAUGCUCUUUAUUGGUCUUUCCAUCCCUUUCAAAAUGUCAUACCUCCCAAUGUUGGUAACUAUGAACUGCAGUCUUAACAACUGAUGGCUAAUGUUGGCAACCCACAAGUUUCUGAACAAUACGGCCAAUGAAGACAUGCCUCUCAGCUAUUGUGACACCUACAUAAUUUUCUGUUUUGACACAGAAAAUGAUUUGCAAAUGUUUAGCUCAUGAGUUAUUUGCAUUUGACUUAUACUUACCUCUUAAUACUUUCUGAUAGUGAACAGAAAAAUAAAAAAUAGAUUGAGCACGCACAGGAGUGAAGCAUCAAACUGCAAGUGUAUUAACCCUCUUAUACAUAAUGUACAAAUACUAAUAGAAAACAAAUAGAAUGUAGUUGGGCUUAUAUGUAAUAUGAUUUUGGUAUGUAGAAUUUAGGUGUGUUCAUAGAAGUCCAACAUAAAAGAGAGAACAGACACAUUCAUAACACUGUUUUUACAAUAUUUGUGCAGCAUUAAAUGUAUAAAUCACACACACUGUGGUAUGAUCCCCCCAGAUUUAUGUGAAUAUCUAAUGAAAUACUCAAUGCUCAAUCAGAAUAAAAUAGAGUGCCCAAAUUAUAGAUGCACUCACAUGCUUUGGAGCUGUCUCAAAUCACAAAUGUAUAUAGGAACACUCCAAUGGAAAUUUUUAAACCAAUUUAAUUGAUAUACCUCUAUAAAAAAUGUUUAGAAUUUAAAUAUUUUAUGCAUUUAAUUAUGCAUUUUCUCAUUCAAAGUACAUCUAAAACAGCUUUCAAGUCUGCAAAUCUCCUGUCUGCAGCCUUUGUAAGUCCUCCCCUUUUUCCUCAGCACAGACCUUCAGUCAUGAAGUGCUUUGUGUAUGUGGAGUAUUCCUUUAAUUAUAUGGAUGAUAAAUGAAAGAAACAAACGAUGUACAGUCCAAUUGUACAAUAUAAUAAUGAUAUAAUAAUGUACUAGGUGUGGAUAUAGCACAAUAGACAAGUGGAUUAGGGGGAAAAUGUGCACUCACAUAAAUUUGAGCCAGCUUUGCUUAAUAUGUUGGUUUUUGCAGUUCAUUGCCCACUUUUAAUUUUCUCCCCUCAAAGUCAGAUAAAUCUGUAGUGGGGAAUAAAUGGCUGUUGGUAUCAUUUUUGGACAUUGAAAUGCUACCUUAUAUUAUAAAAAUGCACACAUAAUAUAAAAACAAUGUUAAACCCGACAGAUUUUUCUGUUAUAUAUUUUAUGUCUUGUAUAUUCUAUUCUGUCAAAACACCUGAAUCAUGCAUAUCAAACUAUAUUAAGCAGAGGCGUAACUAGAAACCACGGGGCCCCGGUGUGAAAAUCGCCCUGUGCCCCCCAUACGUCUACCCCCAUCACCCCUCCAAAUGUCUACCCUCCCCCUCACAUACACCCCCCUACACACACAUACAAGCACACAUACAUACACACAUACAAACACAGACACAUACAUACAGAUAGACAGACAUACAUACAUACAUACAAACACAUAUACACACAGCCACAUACAUACAAAAACACAGACAGAUAUACACACACACAUACAGACAGACAUAUACACACAUACAUACAGAACAUACAUACAUACAAACACACAUACAUAUCCAUACAGACACAUAAAUACAAACACACACACACACAUACAGACACAUACAAACAGACACACAUACAACAUGUUUUAGUCACCCUCCUUUUUCCUGCCUUUUAGGUGCUGGAGGGUGACUUUCCUUGGGGUCGGGAUGAUGGGAGUCAGAGUUCCCACUCUUACUCCCUCUUCUCCUUCCUCCCGCACAUCUCUCUCUGAUUGCUGGGAGGAAGUGACCUCUUGGCCCCCUGUAAAUACAUUACCAUACCUAACAGCAUGGGUCACCCGAUAGACCCCUUCAAUG